UUCUCUUUUGAAUUGUAAACGAAAUAUUUCAAUAAAAUCAGUCUCUGUAUUUUUCUCUUCUUUGUCUCUUUGGUUGGGUUCAGGGUUUCGGUUCUUGAUGAAUCUUGGGAUCUGUUUACAAAUCAUUCCUCUGUUCAGUUCAUCUCAAUACUACGAUUAAUCGGCUAUUAACAGACAUGAGCGUAAGUUUUUGAAGCAAAAGUUUUAUCAAUUCACCAUUUUUCAUAAAGAAACAAUUCUUCUCAUCUGAAAUAUAGGGAGAACAGAAGACUUAGUUGACGAAGAAGAUCAGAAUACCCUCAUAUUCGAGCAGGUACAAACCCUGUUUAAUUCUUUUCGCAAAUGAAAGCCUAGUAAUUUUUGGUCUAGAUGAAUUUGUUUUCAAAAGAAAGAAAUCGACGCCGAAAUGAGGAAUUAUUUAUCUGGAACGGAAAAAUUUUAUUGGAACAGUUGAUUAAGUCUUGUAACGGUAAAUGUAAUCCCAUCCGUAGCUUCAGUGCUGAAGAGAUCAAGAUAGCAACAAACAACUAUGAUCCACAGAAUAUUAUAACAAAGGACGGCUAUAAAUUGUACGAAGGUCAUCUGCAGGGCCGACAAGUUUCUGUUAUGAAGUUUUCAUAUGAGGGGUACGCAGAAGAAGGUUUUAAUACCAUUGUAUUUUCAUCACAAAUGAGGCACAAAAAUAUUUUGAAGUUGAUUGGAUGUUGUUUAGAGAGUCAAGUUCCCACUCCAGUUUUUGAAUCUGCUCGGCGUUUGACUCUUGCUAAUCGUAUUUAUGGUCCAGGUGAACGACAUUUGUCAUUAACAGAGAGGUUAAAGAUUGCAAUGGAGAUAGCUAAUGCAAUUGCAUAUCUCCAUUGUGGGUUCCCUCGACCCAUUGUUUCUAGAACGAUCCGAUCAUCAAAUAUUGUGUUCGAUGGAGAAAAUACUGCAAAAUUAUUUGAUUUUGAAUUGUCCAUGUCUAUACCAGAAGGUGAGACUCACAUAGAAGAUGCUGUGAGAGGAGCAUGGGGAUGUGUUGCUCCUGAUUAUUUUAGGACAAGUAAAUUCAAUGAAAUGUCGGAUGUGUAUAGCUUCAGUUCUUUGCUACUUGAGCUUUUAACUGGAAAAUAUAUCGGCGAUAGUAUUGGAGAUUAUGAGUCAUGGGAGGAUUAUGUGAAGAAACACAUUGAGCAGAAUAGUUUUACCGAAAUAGUAGAUCCCAAAAUUGUUGGCACUGGAUUAUCUCCUGAAAAGGAAGAGCAAUUGCUAGUGUUUCAAGAGCUUGCCUUUAAAUGUCGACGUCACUCAGCCGAAGAUAGGCCAACUAUGGUUGACGUAGCAAAACAACUCAGGAACAUGUAUAAAUCUGCAUGUCAAAUAAUGUCUUGAAACAGAUGCUCAUAAUUACAAAAUUCUGAUAUUUUUAUGUAUUUAAGAAGGCUUGAAAUGCGUUUGUAAUA